GAAGAGGCGUAUCUUUUCGUCCGACUACAGGCCACACUUAGUUGCAUGUGGCCUCCGUGGCUCCCUUGCGUAGCUCUGGGUCGCUGGGGCUGCUGGAGAGGGCGGUUUGGCAGAGCCAUGUCUGAGAGCUCUUCCCGCCGGCCACGGCUGUCUAAGGACUCUCUGCGGCAUUUACGGACGCGGGAGAAGCGCGGCUCUGUGGGGGACCGCGUGGGACCUAGCACCGUGUACUUGCAGGUGGCAGCGUCUGGGACCCGCGAUGCGGGCGCAGCUCUUUACGUCUUUUCGGAAUUUAAUCGGUAUCUUUUCAAUUGUGGGGAAGGAAUCCAGAGGAUCAUGCAGGAACACAAAUUGAAGGUUGCUCGAUUGGAUAACAUCUUCCUUACUCGAAUGCAUUGGUCCAAUGUUGGAGGUUUAUCUGGGAUGAUUCUUACCUUAAAGGAGACUGGGCUUCCAAAAUGUGUUCUUUCUGGGCCACCACAAUUGGAAAAAUACCUAGAAGCUAUCAAAGUAUUUUCUGGUCCAUUGAAAGGAAUAAACUUGGCUGUACGACCUUAUUCUGCUCCAGAAUACAAAGAUGAGACCAUGACAGUUUUUCAGUUGCCUAUACAAAGCAAAUGGGUUGCAAGUGAUUACCAGUUAUCUCAGCAUUCCAGAAAGUCUCCCACCAGGUUAAAUCCAAACUAUCUUGCCAACUUUGAAUCUUUUAAAAGUGAACAGCAACUUUCAGAUAGUGAUGGAAAUGAUUCUCCAAAGGACAUAGAUGACAGUUGGAAAAUAAAAAGCAGAGACCCGUCUUUGGUGGUAGCUUUCAUCUGUAAGCUUCACAUGAAACAAGGAAGUUUUUUGGUGCUUAAAGCAAAAGAAUUGGGGCUUCCAGUUGGUACAUCUGCCAUUGCACCUAUAAUUGCUGCUGUUAAGGCUGGAAAAAGUGUCACAUAUGAAGGAAGAAAGAUUUUGCCAGAGGAGGUUUGCAGUCCUCCAGAUCCUGGCGCUGUUUUUAUUGUGGUGGAAUGUCCUGACCAGGGAUUUGUAGAGCCGAUCUGUGAAAAUGACACUUUCCAGAGGUAUCAAGAGGAAAAGGCUGAGACUCAUGUGGCUAUUGUUGUUCACAUGACUCCAGAAUCAAUAUUGAAGGAUAAUAGAUACAAGCAGUGGAUGGAAAGGUUUGGCCCCCAAACUCAGCACCUGGUCUUGAAUGAGAAUUGUACUUCUGUACAUAAUCUUCGCAGCUUUAAGAUUCAAACUCAGCUCAACCUCAUUGAUUCACACAUAUUUCCCCAGCUUACCAGCUACAAUUACAAGGAGGAUCUGGCUACUUUCUCCCUGCCUGUAAUUCGUGGUGAAUGCCUUCUGAAGUACCAGCUGAGACCCAAACUCCAUUGGCAGAAGGAUGCCUGUAUCACUUGCAACCCUGAUGAAUUUGUGACAGAGGCUCUGGACUUACCUAAUUUUCAGGAAAGGGUACAAGAGUAUAAGGAAAACAUGAUGGACAGUAUAGCACAAUUAGGAAAAGGAAUCCAAUAUCCAGAAGUCAUCUUCCUCGGAACAGGCUCUGCCAUUCCAAUGAAGAUUCGAAACGUCAGUUCCACACUUGUGAACAUAAGCUCUGAUCAAUCUCUCCUACUGGAUUGUGGGGAAGGCACUUUUGGGCAGCUCUGCCGCCAUUAUGGGGAUGAAGUAGAUAGAAUCCUGAUUAACAUUGCUGCUGUGUUUGUAUCUCAUAUCCAUGCGGAUCACCAUACAGGCUUAUUAAAUAUCCUGUUACAGAGAAACCGUGCUUUGGCAUCAGUGGGAAAAUCAUCUAUCCCGCUUUUAUUAGUAGCGCCUACUCAAGUUAUGACAUGGCUACAGCAGUACCAUGACCAUUGCCAGGAGAUUCUAGGUGCUGUCAGUAUGAUCCCAGCAAAGUGCCUCCAAAAAGGGACUGAAGUCUCCAAACCCAUGAUUGCAAGAUUAAUUACUUCACUGCUAGAAAAAUAUGAUUUGGAAGAGUUUCAGACUUGUUUGGUUAAGCACUGUAAGAAUGCUUUUGGUUGUGCUUUGGUCCACAAAUCAGGAUGGAAAAUAGUCUACUCUGGUGACACCAUGCCAUGUGAUGCUCUAGUCCAGUUGGGGAAAGGAGCUACUAUGCUUAUUCAUGAAGCUACUUUGGAAGAUGGUUUAGAGGAGGAAGCUAUAGAAAAGACACACAGCACUACUUCCCAAGCAAUUGGAGUUGGAGUGAAGAUGAAUGCCAAGUUUAUCAUGUUGAACCACUUUAGCCAGCGUUAUGCCAAGAUCCCCCUUUUUAGCCCUGACUUCAAUGAGAAAGUUGGAAUUGCAUUUGACCACAUGAGGGUUGGCUUUGGAGAUUUUUCCACAGUUCCUAGACUGAUCUCUCCUCUCAAAGCCUUGUUUGCUGAUGAGAUAGAAGAGAUGGUAGAGAGGAAGGAGAAACGGGAAUUGCGACAGAUUAAAAAGGCCACUAUUAGUUCAGAUCCCUGUGGGCAUGAUGAUGGACAAGAGCCCAAGAAGACUCAUAAUAGAGAAAAGGAAUCUAAAAGUCCACCAAUCAAAAAGCUCAAAGUAAACUGAAGGCAUCAACCAUGGCUCUGGAUAGUAAAAUAGCAUUUAUGCUUUCUUUCCUUUCUUCAUGGGGAGGUCAUAAGUGGUGGUUGAAUGAAGUGGUAUCUUUUUUCCACUCUAGGAAAAAAAAAAAACAACAACUACUCAACUACUCUGUUAGCUUUGCCAGAGCUACUAUAAAGAGAAAGAGACUUUGAAGAAGAAUGUAAUGUCUUGGAAGAUGGACAAUGUGAUUUUUUUCUUUGUAUCCCAGUAUCCAUCAUGUAAUGCCUUGCAAAAUUAGUUAUGUUAUAGAAUUUUUUAGAAUUGAAUUAAAUUAUAAAAUUGAAUAAUGAACAAA